GGAGAUUCAGGAACAUUCCGGUGUUCUUUCUAAGAACCCUUUCUGCCUUCCUGAAGAAAAGACAGAGGGAGAAAGGAUGGUGACUGAGUGUUUGACAGAUUGUUCUCAGGAUGCUGUGACCUUUGGCGAUGUGGCUGUCAACUUCACCCAAGAGGAGUGGGCUUUACUGGACCUAUCUCAGAGAAACCUGUACAGAGAUGUGAUGCUGGAGAACUACAAUAACCUGAUCACCACGGGCUAUCAGUCGGUCAAACCGGCUCUGAUCUCUUGGUUGGAACAAGGAGAGUUUAGGACAGUGGAGAGAGGAGCCCUCCAAGAAUGGGAAAUGAAUCAAAAAGUCAAAGACUCCUCAAUUCAGCAGGAUAUUUUAGGGGGAGAAACACCCAAUGGGAUAGAAAUGUAAAGAAUGGCAAGAAACCACAAUGGACUGGAACUCUAUGACUGUAAGCAGAGUGGGAAAGACUUUAGUGAACAUUUGUGCCUUAAGACACACAAGAGAACUCAAAAUGAAGGGGACACUUAUGAGGAUAAUCAGUGUAGAAAGAGCUUCCUUACUGUGCAGAAGAAACCCUCUACUGGAGAGAAACAUCCUGGGUUUGUUCAGUGUGGAAAAGCCAUCAGUGUGACUCCAAAUAUUGUGUAUGGGAAAACUAGCACAGCAGAGAAAGCCUUCGAGGCAGUGAUGGUGGGAAUGCCUUUGUUAAUGAGUCUUAUCUUCAGGCACAAACGAGAACUCAACAAUAGAGAAAAACUCUCGUGAAUGGAAGGAGUAUGGGAAAGCUUCUGUUCACUCCACGUGCCUUGGUAUACGUGUGCAAACUCGCAGUGCUACCAAACAUGAAUGUAACGAAUG